GGUUCAGUUUGAAUUGUUCAACGCCAGCUGAAGGUUCUAGGUAGCAAACUACAAUAUUACUAUAUUAUAUACUUUACAAUGAAGCUGCUAGUCUUAAUCGUUUGUAUCAUCGCCCUUGUGGCCAAUACCUUUGCUUUAAAAAAUGAAAUAUGUGGUCUACCCCAUUCCAGGAAUGGUGAUGGUAAAAGGGCCUGCAUGGGUUUCUUCCCCAGUUGGUCAUAUAAUUCCGAUAAAAACGAGUGCAUUGAAUUUAUCUACGGAGGCUGCGGUGGCAAUGACAACAGAUUCGGCUCAAAGGAAUUAUGUGAAGACAAGUGUUUGGAAUAAAAAAAAUUGUUUUGUAACAUUCAAUAAAGUGACAUAAAUAAAAUGAACAUACAAAAUAAA